GCGGCAAUUUCCGUCCAGCCACCAGCCUCACGUCAAUGUUCAGCUCCGUCACUGCUCUUCAGCCUGCCGUUCCGAAAUUGUACUCACCUGCAGGUGACUCGCUAAUCCAGACCAUUCAUUCGUGCACCCAUUUAAGCCUGCCUGGGCAGGCUUUAUUCUGACGACAAGGCUGACUUCCAGUAUGUACAUUUGCAGGCUGAAGUUCAUUACGCUGGCUCUUCAGUUGCUUCCCACCGAUUUCCACUACUCUCUACAUUCAGAUUCGAGCGGUUGCUAUUGACAUACGUUCUAAUUCCGCCUACCACUCAUGGAGUCGUUCACCUUCGCUUCCAAUUUUACGACUCCGACUUAUCCUCAGCCUUGGGCGGAGAUCACAGAAGCGCCGGGGAUGCUAGUGUGGACCUCGACUUUCGGCGUGUACCCACCAUUAAAUUGCCUCUCCGGAAGGUGGUAUAGCGUCUCUAGCUAUGCUCGCUGUGAUACAGAACUUCAAGACGACGCUGUGCAAGACCCGUAUCGCGACAGCGGCGUGAUGGCGAAUGACCAGUUCCGCCUUGUUAACGGUGUCAUACCCAGCACCGCAUCCGGCAGCGAGUCACUCUGCCUGGUGGGUGCCAUAUAUAACAGUACGGGAGAGCGCGCUCCAAAGCACCAUACCGGUUACUGGCCCUCAUGGACCGGUCGUAAUUGGGAGGCUACACAAACGGCACGGUCCCAAAAGAGAAAUGAUACUUCGAAUGUGCUGAAUGGUGGCUCUCUCGCGGGAAUUAUCAUCGGAGUUAUUUUCAGCUUUUGCGGACUCAUCUUUGGUAUCUUUCUGUCUGUCUGGCUCACUCUCCGACGGAUGGCAGCGCAUGCAGAGCGGAUGUCAUCUACACUUCGCAGUGUACAUGUUGAGUGCGGUCACGAUGCGAAUCCCUUGGAUACGCCUGCAGAAGCUCCCGGCACCAAGAGUGGGAGGGCCUGCGGUAUGGAGAACAGAGGCAGGGUUUCAGCUCCGGCGAGGAAUGAACCGGACGGCGUGAGAGAACCAGUGCGAGCCACGAGUGAUCUGGUACGAGGGCAGGAGCGUGCGAUGUGUCUGGAGAACGUGUCCGCAGCCGCGGCGCUCGAUCGAAGGGUUGUCUAA